GACCCUAAAUUGAAACCCCAUCAUCUAUGCAAAGAAUCAACCUCUUCCUUCAAUACUCUAUCCACAACGUCACAUAUUAAAACCCCAUCAACCCCCUCUCACGUUUUCUUGAUUCCAUAUUUUCAAUUAGAUAACCAAUAACAAAAGCAUCAGCCUCAUAUCUAUUAGCAAUGGCCACUGUCACCUCUUCUGCCGUUGCUAUCUCUUCUUUCACUGGCCUCAAGUCUUGUGCUUCCUCAGCUUCCAGAGUUAGCACCGCCUCCGCCAAGGUGGCCGCUACCCCGGCCUCCAGAUUGGCCGUGAAGGCGUAUUUGAAAGACGUCGGUGCUGUCGUUUUCACCACCGCCUCUAGCGCAAUGCUUGCUAGCAAUGCCGUGGCUCUUGAAGUGUUGCUUGGUAGCGAUGAUGGUGGUCUUGCUUUUGUUCCCGGAAGCUUUGAAGUUGCCGCAGGUGGGGCCCACACUUUGUUUUUCAGUGGAAACGGUCGACGAAGCAUGGGUGGUCUAUGCUCAUGUUGCGCACGGGCUCAACACUUUAGAUUAUAAUGUAUCUAUGUAUAUGUAGAAAUUAAUUUUCUAUUUAAACGAAGAAAUGCUAUUUUUUAAUUUUUGAUAAAUAUUCUCGGUUUAGUUCAUUUUACUUGUCAUGUUGUCUUUUGCAUGGUUUUUUUAAGGACACGUGAAUUAGAAUUAUAAUUUAACUAAUUUACCUUAUUCAUUAUUUGAUCUCCGUUUGAUAUUAAUCUCUUUUCACAUUUAUUAGAGUAAGGAUAAAAAUGAAAAAGUAAUUAAUUUUAUCUUAUUUUAAUAUAUAAGUAUUUUAAGUAUGUUGCUGUAUAAUAAUUUCAUUUGCUCCUACUAAUGGAUUGAUACGCAUGUGGCAAUGAAUUCAUCAUUAUUGAUUUAAUGAGAUACUUUGGAAAUUACAUAAAUAUUGUUUGAUUUUUUAAUAUGAGAUGCACUUUUUUUUUUUACAUUGUUUGUUUUUUAAUAUGAGAUUCAUUUUUUUAAUAUUGCUUGAUUUUGUUAAUAUGUGAUCCACUUUGUUAACAUCAUUAUUGAUUUAAUGAGAUACUUUAGAAAUUAAUUGUUUGUUUUUUUUAAUAUGGGAUUCAUUUUUUUAAUAUUGCUUGAUUUUGUUAAUAUGGGGUCCACUUUUUUAAUCCAUUAUUAUUGAUUUAAUGAGAUACUUUAGAAAUUACAUAAAUAUUGUUUGGUUUUUUAAUAUGGGAUGCAUUUUUUUUUUUUUUUUUGACAUUGUUUUGUUUUGAAUAUGUGAUUCAUUUUUUUUAAUAUUGCUUGAUUUUAUUAAUAUGGGGUUCAGUUUUUUUUCCGUGAGUUUGGAGAUGGCGGUUCCACUUUUUUUUUUUUAAUAUUAGUUGGUAUUUAGUUGGG